UUCAUUAGGGACAUCGAUCUCGGUGCUCCACUCCGGCGCACGCGAGAUAUCAUUUUAUAUUAAUUUAAUAAUUAUUUUAUAUUAAGUUAGUAACUGUGCUACGAUGGAUAAAAAGUUUUGCGUCGUCUUUGUUGCCAUUAUUGCUGUUGCUCAAGGUGUGCAGCAACAAUCCAAUUACGACCUAAGCCGAAACAGGCUCGGCUCGGGGAAUGGCGGCUACGGACAGUACAACCCCGACUACUCACACUACCCGAACACCGGGCCAGGCCUCUACCCCAGCGGGCCCGGGUACCCGGGGCAGUAUCCGGGGAGUGGAUACCCGGGCGGGUACCCGGGUAAGCCGGGGUUGGCUGGGCCGCCGGGCGCGCACCCGGGGUGCCCGCUUUGCGACUCGUCGGUGUAUAGCUACUGUUCGUAUAAGGAGGCCCACGAUGCUUGCUGCUGCGAGAGAGAUACUGGAUUCAGCCUCAACUGCCGCAAAGUGGACUGCAAGUACCUGUACGCGAACUCGUGCCAGGAGUACAACCUGAUCUCCUCGUGCUGCUGCGUGGACGUGAAGAGCGCUGGUGCCGUACCCGUCGUGCCGGUGGCUGUCGUUGGAUAACCAACCUUAUCUUAAAGUACCUACUUUGAUCAGCCUACCCACGAGAACGAAUGAGCCGAAUAAGGGUUUCCGCGAUCGAGUUUUUCACUAGGGGUCAUCCAUUAAUUACAUUAAGUCACACGUUUAGGGGGUGGGAGGGAAGUCAAGAAAAUGUGACAUGUUGUGACAUGGGGGAGGGGGGAGUCACAAACAUUGUGACGUCAUUUUAACUUCUUCACUAUUCGUCAGUAACCGAAAAAUAAUUUAUAUUUUUUAUUCGCUGUACAUUUAAAUAAUGAGGUUUUGGAAGUAAGUAAUUUUCGUUCCUAAUUGGUUUUGUGUUAUAAAAUUACUAAUAUUUCUUUUACCAAAAAUAUUUUUUAUUAAAAAAACAAUGCCGAGUUAGUAUUGCCGAUUUUGUUGAAAAUAAAAUUGCCUAAAAUGUGACGUCACACCAGGUGGGGAGGAGGGGUCAAAAAACCUAGAAAUUCGUGUGACUUAAUUAAUGGAUGAUCCCCUAGAUGACAGCACCGUAGCGAGAUGUCUAGCUGUCAUAAUCCACCAAUCAUGUUUAACCGUGUUUUUUUUAUUGGUGGAUUUUGACAGCAAAUCAAAAAGACCUCUCGUCACGGUGAUGCCAUCUAGUGAAAAUCUCGAUCGCGGAAACCCUCAUGGAGCGAGUUUUUUCUUGAUGGACGAGUGUUUCUCUUAGAAAAAGUACUCGUUAGCGAUGUAAAUUGUCAGCUGUAUACGAGUAUUAACAAAGAAAAUUUAAAAGAGGGAUGUUAUCAAAGUUAAUUUUGUAGUCACAUUAAAUUUACUGCCAUCUUUCGACACAGGAUUAAAAGUUUUAGAACGCUAUUUGACUUUGAACCUUAUUUUUUUAAAUACUAAAUUUUCUUUGGUAUUAUAUGUGCAUCUCAUUUAUUACAUAUAUUCCACUCUGGAUUCUGCACAUACGUUGCUGGCGCGUGAAAAUGGCCGAUUACUAGACUCAGACCAAGCUAACUCUGCGUGGCAAAGUAUGGCAAUGUCAUCAUUAAUGUCAAAAUUCUAUGAAAAUAUGAAGUUUACAAUGACACUCCCUCACUUUGUUCUGUUCAAAAUAAACUAUCUUCUGUACCUAUUUUGUAAUGUAUAGAAAUUAAUACUUGCACCCAAAACAUCGGCAAAAUGUCUUCAUUGGCAAUGACAGCUUUAAAAUGUAAUUCAUUCAAACAACAUGACGAACUUAACUAAUUUUAUAAUUUCAUACUUGACAACCAAAACUCGCUAUAAGUAACAAAUACUAUCAGGACUCGUGUAUCGGACUUAGUGUAGUUAGCGUUAUUUUAUAGGAAACGAUUGUACCGAGUUUUGGCUGUCAACUGAAUGUAAUAUGUAUAAGGUACCUAGCUAAUAAAAUAAAAAACAAAA